CUAUCCAUGAAGGAGGUCGGAGACGGGCUGCACGAGCAGAUGAACUGCAUGAUGGGUGCACUGCAGGAGCUGAAACUCCUCCAGGUCCAGACAGCUUUGGAGCAGUUGGACAUCUCAGGGAGCCGAAGCACCGUUCCUGGCAUUGAGCAGCACGAGUGCUGCCGAAGCAGCAGAGAUGUGCCCGGGGCCCGGCAGGACGAGCGGCUGCGUGAGGAGGAGUGCAGCCCCGCGUCCCUCGCGUGUGCCGUGCCGCGGCCAGUUGGGAACUGGUUGGAUCUGCCAGAGCUGGAUAAGAAGGGGGAGAAGAGUGAGGCGUCCCUGUCCUUGAGCAGAUCCCAGGAGCUCUGCAGGAAGUUCUCCCUCACAGCCAACAUCUUCAAGAAGUUCCUGAGGAGCGUUCGGCCAGACCGAGACAGGCUUCUCAAGGAGAAGCCUUGCUGGCUUCCGCCUGAAGACAAACAGCCUGAAAUUUCAAAGAGACCCAAAAAGAUGAACAAACUCAAGGGGACAUUUUACUUCCCACUUCAUGGGAACAUCCAGAACCAUCACAGCAAAGCAGAGAGGUGCCCAAAGGCAGAAAACAACAGCGAGAAACCCAAAAUUGGCACCAAGAAAGUCCACGAUACCAUAGACUAUACCCAGUCUGGGUUUGAUGUCAAUACAGCUGUUUGGGUCUGA